AUGGCCGACAUCUACACCCCAGCCCCUCGCGAAUCCUACCAAAUCUUUUCCACCUUCUACAUGCCCACUGACGAUGGCAAUAUCUGGGCUGUUUCUUUCGGCACCCGCACCGGAGCGUUCAUGACGGCAGUCGCCUCCAUCGCCGUCAUCUUGAUAUGUUCCUGCCUCUGGAACCUCUUCUGCUUUAUCGUCAUGCUAUAUCCCGGCACAAGUUCACGGCGCAGAUUUCUCGCGCUGGUGACCCUGUGGAACUCUGGCGACGUGUUUAUCGCGGUAAAGGGGUUGGCGGGCUACACAUGGGACUGCUUUUUCAAUCCCACAUCGCGGAAAAUAUCUCCAGCACUGGGCACUCUUCAACAACAGAACACCCCUCAGCAACAGAACACCCCUGAGCAACAGGCCGCCUCUCAAACACAGAUCACCUCUCCGCCAUCAGACCUUGAGAGCGGGCAAGAGAGGAGCCACAAGCUGCCGCACAGCCACCGAUACGGCGACUUCUACUACGGCCUAGCGAUUACCUGUACGGCCUUCAUCCUCUGGGGGUCGUCCCUGGCAAUGGGAAUCGUCACUCCCGGGCUCCUCCAGAUCGGCAGCGUCGCGCCAGCGAAUCCAAACGUCCUUUACUACCCAAGAGCCGUGACGAACAACGAGCCAGUCGGGCUGCUGAAAGAGUUUGGCCUUCGGGCACCUUCGGCCAUGCGCGCUCUAGGCAGCGUGGAGGACUCCAAUGUCAUGCCGCGACGGAACGUGAAGAUCUCCGCCACCAGGUUCUCGGCCGGGAACGGCAGCGAGCCAGGCCGGCGGCUGACCUACGGCUACUCUCUGAAAGGAGUCGACUUCGGUCUCCAGCAGGGUUCCGACCUCAAACUGGCUGUCGACGGUUCCUGCACAACCGAGUACGGGUGGUAUUCCGCGUCUGGCAGCGACGACUCCUACGAGGCUUACAAUUUAUGGAACACCUUGGAAUACCUCGUCCCCAUCGACAAAGUCAGCAUCAAGGACGCCCCAAAGGCGAGCUUCUUGAUGCAUCCAGAUGCGAAAAACCAGCUGACGCGCGGCAAUGUUUCCUUCGCCGUCGUCAUCUGGUCUGCUCACCGGGCUAGCAUCGCGGCGGGGGAGGAUCCCUGGUACCUGACAGAGGGCAGCCCUCCCGGCUUUGCGGGUGAGGAAAAUUUCAACGCCAAAUACUGGAUCAAGCGCCAAAGGCCCGUCCUGUCCUGUUGGGAGCAGAACAGAUGGAGCUACGGGACGAACGCGGUUGAAAAUGUCCAAGCCCUCAAGUCAGUGGCCGGCAUCAACGGCAAGAUCAAAGGCGUCCUGAUCAAGAUCCUGGAGAUCGCCCUUGGAGUUCCGGUCAUCGCCAGGCUUGGCAAUGCCAGCGGGGACUCGGCGCUCCGAUCACGGACCACCAGCCCCAACGGCGUCAUCAACGCGGAGGCAUCAAAAAUCGAGACCGACAUGGAGCGCCUGAUCCUGGCCAGCUACAUAGCGACGAGGAACACCUUUUUCGACGCCACCCUGUUCAACAAGGACCCGAACUGGGAAAACGUUUUCACGGGCGACGACAAGCAGCCGCGGGAGGGGUCCGGCGACUUUGUCGUCACGAGCGCGGGCGUGCAGACCUUCUCCAUGGUCGGCCUGAUAGUCCUGGCGGUGCUCCUGGGGGCCCUGCUACUCGUACAGGCUGUGGUUACGGGCGUGGUUGCCAGCCGCAAGACGAAUGUCGGAACGAACGUCGAGGCGAGCGACAAGUCAAAGAACAAGGACGGACUGCUUCGAAUCAAGGCCUUGACAGCUGCCCAGUUAUUCCGUCGCGCCUGUGAGUCGCCGGCAGGGAGCGAUGACGGGUGGGACUGCCACAAGAAUUAUCCAACGGAUUGCGACGAGACCAUCAUGGGAUUCGACCAGUGCGUCUGUAAGGUGCGAUGCAAGUGCAAGGGACACAUCACAGCCACUACUCCGGCUCCCUUGACUACUGCUCCGGCUCUCUUGACUACUACUCCGGCUCCCUUGACUACUACUCCUUCCACGGAGGAGAGGCCAAAUGAGAAGCCCGGCCCCGAGGACAACGUAACUCCUACUGACCAGGUUAGCCCUUGA